GCAAUCGUUUGGAUAAAAGAGAAAACAGCGCUAGAGUUUGGGAACUGGAUCUCUUUUUCUUGGAUUGGUCGUUGGGAAGCAAAUGAAAAUGUUGGAGAUUUGUCUAAAAUUGGUGGGCUGUAAAUCCAAAAAAGGUCUUUCUUCGUCCUCCAGCUGUUACUUGGAAGAAGCGCUUCAGCGGCCGGAUUUCGAGGCCCCGGGUCUGUCCGAGGCGGCGCGCUGGAACUCCAAAGAGAAUCUGCUGGCGGGACCCAGCGAAAAUGACCCCAAUCUGUUCGUAGCGCUGUAUGACUUCGUCGCGAGCGGCGAUAACACUCUCAGCAUCACCAAAGGAGAGAAGCUGAGGGUUCUGGGAUACAAUCACAAUGGCGAGUGGUGCGAGGCGCAGACCAAGAACGGCCAGGGCUGGGUUCCCAGCAACUACAUCACGCCCGUCAACAGCCUGGAGAAGCACAGCUGGUACCACGGGCCCGUGUCCCGCAACGCCGCCGAGUACCUUCUGAGCAGCGGCAUCAACGGCAGCUUCCUGGUGCGCGAGAGCGAGAGCAGCCCGGGACAGAGGUCCAUCUCGCUGCGCUGCGAGGGCCGCGUCUACCACUACCGCAUCAACACGGCCUCCGACGGCAAGCUGUAUGUUUCGUCGGAGAGCCGCUUUAACACUCUGGCGGAGCUGGUUCACCAUCAUUCCACCGUGUCUGACGGUCUGAUCACCACGCUGCAUUACCCAGCGCCCAAACGCAACAAGCCCACCAUCUACGGCGUCUCGCCCAACUACGACAAGUGGGAGAUGGAGCGCACAGAUAUCACCAUGAAGCACAAGCUGGGAGGAGGGCAGUAUGGAGAGGUGUACGAGGGCGUCUGGAAGAAAUACAACCUGACCGUGGCUGUCAAAACACUGAAGGAGGACACAAUGGAAGUGGAGGAGUUUUUAAAAGAAGCUGCGGUCAUGAAAGAAAUCAAACACCCAAACCUGGUGCAGCUCUUAGGUGUCUGCACACGGGAACCUCCGUUUUACAUCAUCACCGAGUUCAUGACCCACGGAAACCUGCUGGAUUACCUGCGUGAGUGUAAUCACGAGGAGGUCAAUGCUGUGGUGCUGCUCUACAUGGCCACGCAGAUCUCCUCCGCCAUGGAAUAUCUGGAGAAGAAGAACUUCAUCCACAGGGAUCUGGCUGCCCGUAACUGCUUAGUUGGGGAAAACCACUUGGUUAAAGUGGCAGAUUUUGGACUGAGUCGCCUGAUGACUGAAGAAACCUACAUAGCCCAUGUAGGAGCCAAGUUUCCCAUUAAAUGGACCGCCCCGGAGAGUCUGGCCUAUAACAAAUUCUCCAUCAAGUCAGACGUGUGGGCAUUUGGAGUCCUGCUUUGGGAAAUCGCCACCUAUGGGUUGUCUCCGUAUCCUGGAAUCGACUUGUCCCAAGUGUACGAGCUACUAGAGAAAGAUUACCGCAUGGACAGACCCGAGGGAUGCCCAGAGAAAGUCUAUGAGCUCAUGAGGGCCUGUUGGAGGUGGAACCCUGCAGAGCGGCCUUCUUUUGCUGAAACCCACCAGGCGUUUGAGACGAUGUUUCAAGAGUCCAGCAUCUCCGACGAGGUGGAGAAAGAGUUGGGCAAAAAGGGUAAGAAGCUGACACUGGGUCCGAUACAGCAGGCUCCAGAACUUCCCACUAAGACGAGGACACUGCGAAGACAUACGGACAGCAGGGAUGGCGACAGUCCCGACGCAGCAGAGGCCGAGGUAACCGGGCCCCCGAUGCUCCCGAGGCCUGUCCUUGAUAGCAACUUAAACGAAGACGAUCGCCUCCUAGCCAAAGAUAAAGAUAAGUUCCGAAUGAAUCCGUUCAGUUUAAUCAAGAAAAAGAAGAGAACGGCUCCGGCACCACCUAAACGCAGCAGCUCCUUCGGGAAGAUGGAUGGGCAACUGGAUCGUAGAGGACUGGCUUCCGAAUGCAGAGAUGAUUUUAACAAUGGCGCUUCCACUAACGACGGCAUCGACCCUUCUAAAUUGGUCGGCUCCAACAGUACAACGAUUGUCGGAGUCACCAAUGGAGCCAUGGUUUUUCCCGGUCAGCUCUUUCCAUCUCAUUCACGGAAAAAGGGGACAACAUCGGCCGGCGGAGGGAAGCUUGCCACGACUCCACCUGCAGAAGAAGACCCCAUGUCAAACUCCAAGCGCUUCUUAAGGUCUUCUUCCACCUCUAGCAUGCUUCCGGGGUCCGAGCGCACCGAGUGGAAGUCGGUCACCUUGCCCCGUGAUAUCCAGUUGUCUCACUUCGACUCGGGAACCUUUGGAGGAAAGCCAGCUCUGCCUCGCAAGAAAGCCGAUUGUGUGCCCCGUGGUGGCACCCUUACUCCGCCACCGCGCCUUCCCAAGAAAACCGACUCGGAUGCACCAGACGAAGUGUUUAAGGACUCGGAGUCUAGUCCUGGAUCAAGUCCUUUGACUCGGACACCGAAGCUCAGCCAUCGGACGGAAAGCUCCAAAACGAGCGCCUUGCAAGCAGAGCUGUUCAAACCCAAUGUGCUUCCUCUUCCAGGAGACGAAUGCAGACCUCGUAGGCUCAAGAACUCUUCCGAAGUCCCUGUACAAAGAGACCGAGAGAAGGGGAAGUUCGCCAAACCCAAACCAGCUCCUCCUCCGCCUCCGGUCUCGAGCGGCAAAUCCGGAAAGACUUCGAGGAGUCCCACUUUUGACGUUUCUUCAGAUACCAAAGCCAAAGGCUCGUCUGAACACAACCCUCCAAGUUCCGGAUCCGCAGAACAAGGCAAAGGCAUGAGUCUUUCCCAAGAAUGUGCUAAGAAUGUACCAAAAAACACCUCAAAAGUGCAGCCCCCAAAGACGACUUCUAUAUCCCCAAGCAGUCAGCUGCCAGGAAUGGGAACCGGAUCGGCUGCCGGUGAUCCGGGAUCCAAUUUCAUUCCCCUCAUGACGACCCGCCGCUCACUAAGGAAGACGCGCCAGCCGUCGGAGCGGCUCUCCAACUCCUGCAUCACGCGCGAGAUGCUCUUGGAGAGCACCGAGCUCCUGCGAGCCGCCAUCGGCCGCAUUACGGAGCAGACCGGCAGCCAUAGCGCGGUGCUGGAAGCCGGCAAGAAUCUGUCCAAGUAUUGCGCGACCUACGUCGAGUCCAUCCAGCAGAUGCGCAACAAGUUUGCUUUCCGCGAAGCCAUCAAUAAGUUGGAGAGCAGCCUGCGCGAGCUGCAGAUCUGCCCCGCCGCCACCGGGGGAGCCAACACGCCUCAAGACUUUUCAAAGCUGCUUUCCUCCGUCAAGGAGAUCAGUGACAUUGUUCAGAGGUAGCGGAGAAGAGCACGGAUGCGACCGGUGUCAUCUGCGUGUCUGGGGCUUCUCUGGUGAUGUGAGCCACCUCGGCUUUUCUCAUGCCAAAUAGAGGAACGUUUCCGAACGGUUCAGUGUCUUAUUACUGUGCACAAGUGCAGGGGAACCGUUCCACUUGGCGAUCUUAAGGUAGCCCAGGUUCAAGUCGUAGUGACUUGAUUGAGUCUCUGUAAUUCCUUGACUUUCCUCACUGCAAAAAAUGGUUUUCUUUCUUAGUAUUUGUCUUGUUUUCUAGUGUAAAUGUCUUCAAAUUCUGGAAUUAA